CCACUCUAACCAUGCGUGCGUGCCCCCGGGGGUGCGCAGCGCAGCGAUCGUUGGUGCGCUGUGUCCCUGGGACACAGCAGUUCAAGGGAAAGAGCCGAAAACGGCCAAUCACAGCUGAUCGCAUGUAAAUAAGGAAAUGCCGGUUAUCGGCAUUCCUCUCCUCACCAGCUAUCAUGCUGAAAGCUCACUGAUCAUCAGGGCACUGAUGAUUAGUGCCCUGAUGAUCAGUGUAGCCCCAGCAGUGCCACCUGUCAGUGUCCAUCAAUGCCACAUAUCAGUGCCUACCAGUGCACAUCAGUGCCACAUAUUAGUGCCCAUCUGAGCUGCCUUUCAGUGCCACCUAUCAGUGCCAGUCAGUGGUGCCAGUCAGUGGUGCCUAUCAGUGCCACCUAUCAGUGCUCCCUAUCAGUGCCAUAUAUGAAAGCUGCCUUUCAGUGCCCAUCAGUGAUGCCUGUCAAUGCACAUCAAUGCCACCUACCAGUGCCUCCUCAUCAGUGCCCAUCAGUGCUGUCUUUCAGUGCCCAUCACUGCAGCCUCAUUAGCUCACAUCAGUGAAGGAGAAAAAAUCACUUAUUUACAAAAUGUCAUAACAGAAACUAAGAAAAAACUUUUUUUUCAACAUUUUCAGUUGUUUUUGGUUUGUUUAGCAACAAAUAA